UCCCAGCCGCUGGGUGAUCAGCCUUCUCCCCCUGCGCCAUGUUUGUUUGAGAGAGCGAAGAAAAUGACAGGACGGGCUGCUGCAGAGGGAUUGUCCUGAGGAGAGGGAAGGCAGAAUGAGCGUUUGAAAAGCUCUGCUACUGGAAUAUGAAAGGGGCAACUUCGCGCUUCUUUUUCUGUCGGCCCUUGAAUUGUUGAGUACGGACGGUGCAGCUGUCUGUUUUCAGUAUCCAACUUACGGCGGAGCAAGUUCGGGUCCGCUGCCGAUUUUGAACUUGACGAUUCUCCACCUCUCCAAGUGGCUCUCUCGCCUUCCAUUCGUUUGUCUUGCGGAGACCACCGGCCAUAAAUUUAAAAAAAAAAUUCUGGUCUUUUCCUUCUGCGCGAAACCUCAACUCGAGCUGCAUUAAUUUGGAAAGAUUUGAGACAGAACUCGUGUGGUUGGUUCUGAAUUUCAUUUUGUUUUGCUUUCUUUGAUUUCAAUCCGGAUUGUUUGGAAGGAGUUGGCAGAUUGAGCAGAGAGUUCUGCGGAUAAAAGAGGCAGUGAUUGUUGAUAGACGGAUAUAAUUAAAAAUGUCAAGCUGUAUACCGGCGGACAUGAUUAAUUUACGACUCAUCUUGGUCAGUGGAAAAACAAAAGAAUUUCUAUUUUCACCCAAUGACUCAGCAGCCGACAUUGCCAAACAUGUAUAUGAAAAUUGGCCGAUGGAUUGGGAAGAUGAAUUUGUCAGCAGUCCAAGUAUUCUUCGGCUCAUCUAUCAAGGGCGAUUUCUACAUGGAAAUGUCACUCUUGGAGCUUUAAAGCUUCCACUUGGUAAAACUACUGUAAUGCACUUGGUUGCAAGAGAAACAUUGCCAGAGCCAAAUUCCCAGGGUCAAAGGAACCGUGAAAAGACUGGAGAGAGCAAUUGUUGUGUCAUUCUGUAAAUACUUCCACUUAUUUCUGCUAACCGUGAUGUAAUAUAGUCCUUGUCUUUCAUGCUGCUGAUAUAAAAACGAAGUAACAUUGCUUCAAGAACUCUUUUUAAAACAAAUCUGUUCAUGAGAUCAAUAUUUAAAAACUGGAGCAUUUCUGUUUGGUUUAUUUUAAAGCUCUUCUGUUGUAAUGGUCAUUUUUGUUCAGUUUUUUUUUGUUACUUCCUAUAAUGCCUUCUAUAGUUUCUGUAUUUAUUUCUACAUGUGGACAAGCAAAGUUAAACUGAAGAAUACUUACACCACUGAUCCCAUUUUGCUAUAACCACGCUCUGCUGAAUUUAAACAAAUGUACAUCAGUGCUUUUUUGAAAAAGAUUAGGUUAUUUUUCUUAAUCCAAGCAUUUCUUGGAGGAAAUACGCACUGCUGAUUGUAGUGUUAAUGUUGCCUUGUUAACCAGAUGAUGAAGCCAGACUUGCUUUAAAGUUUAAAUUACAGUAAAGACUUAGCAGUUAAUUGUGAAAUAAUUUUUAUCCCACAAAAUGAAUUUCAUGCAAAUUUCAUAAUUAUUAAAAUAUGGGUAAGUCUACUGUUAAGUAUUAGGUCAUGGAAGUGUAUGUGCCUAUAUUUUGAUGAGCUUGUAGAUUUUAUUACAAAGAUUCUCUCUCUCUUUGUGCACUGCAAUAUCUUAGCAUUGCCUACAAAGGCUUAAUUUGUUGCACAAAGCAUUUUGUAGCCUUAAUGAGAGAGAGGGAGAGAGAGAAGCUUUGAAGCUUUUCUCUUUCUUACUGCUGAAUAUCAUUUAGUAUAUUUGUGGUAGAAAGUUCUAUUAAUCAUGUCUCUAUCAGUAAUGUUUUUGUCUUAUAACCUCACUGUUGACUGGAUAGUUUCUAACCUAUUACGGAAUUAAAAUAUCGUAGGGAAGUCACUCAUCAAGCUGAGUACCUUAUUUUGUUUUUCUUUACCAUAACUAUUUUAGUAGUUGUAUAAUUUGCAUUUCUGUAUCUAGUGCUUGCAGUUGUGCAAAAGAUGGGGAAACUGUAGUAUUGGUUGGCCCAAAUUUGUUUUGUGUCAGCCUUCCCCUUCCUUUUGUAUAAAAUUAUAAAUGAUAUGCUAAUUAAACCUAGAGAAUUUUGCACAGCACUGAAGCAUGAGCUACUUUCGUCCGAAUCUGUAAAAAAAAAUAAAGUUUUUAUAUUUUUCAGUGGGGGAGGUUGUGUCCUCCCAUCUGAAUUACAAAUGUGUAGAAUAUAUUUAAUAUGAAUCUUAUACAGAACUGAGAAUAGAACUUGUUAACAAGUAUAGAUUUCCUUGUAGUAUAACAGAAUAUACCAAUGUAAGUAAUAUUAGCAGCUUUAAAAUGUUGCAGGUUGACUGUGUUCUAUAUCUAAUAGAAUCUUCCCAGGUUGAACUCGAUGGUAUAUGUAAUAGUUUUUCAGAUGAUAGUCAUAUCUUAAUUGCUUUUUUCUCCUUUUAUCUGUGUUUAUUAUUUUUAGUAUGCUUUACAUGCAAUAGUUCUUACAAAAUAUUGUUCAUAUUGAUCAGGAUAAAAUUUGUAUAGAGCUAUGUUUUGCAAUGAUUGUAAAUAUCACUGAACAUUUUCUUUCUGCAACCUGUAAUGAUAGAUUACUCCUGUAAACUAAAAUAAAAUAUUGCAGU